AUGUGUCCUGGCCCAGAAAGCGAUAAUAGGUCGAAGGCCAUCACCAUAGAUAGCCGUCGUAUCAUUGGGCUGUGGAGAGCCCAAUCUCUUCGAGCUGUGCUUUGCCUAACUUAUGUUGCGAAUUAUGUCCGCGCCCACGCCUCGGAGUAUGAAGUGAGCUUCCUCGUCACUGCGGUCGUCGCAGGCGGGGUGCUAGGAGUGCUACAUCUUGAUGGUCAGCCAUUGGUGAAGCAAAUCGAAUUCCUCCAUCGCGAAGAGGACGUAGAGCGUCUGCUCUGUGCUGCAGCCGACGCAGCAUCCCGGUCCUUCGAGUGGCACAAUGAUCAGUGGCUCAACAAUAACAUACUGAACGAGAUACUCCGUGUACGACAAGGCGCUCCAGCAGAAUAUCGUGAUGUGGCAGAUGCCGGGGGUCCUGAAGCACAUAGCAGCGCCAUGGAAGUGGCAGCUUCACAACAAGCUGACGAGGUUGAUAAGGAUCUACAAUAG